GAUUGGCCCAGAUAAAAAAAAAAAAGUUUACAGCUUUAUCUCCGCGGGUUCGAGGAGCAGGUCGCGCGUUAUAAAUACUGCCUCCAGCCUGGGAAAACAAAAUGAGCACCGACAUCCAAGAAAGUCGCGUCUGGCCAAAGCUUCAUGAUCACUGUGAGAAGGAUGCUGCAACAAGCUCUACGGGUAUCCGUCCGAAAUGCCUUCCCCCUGGUCAAAUGGAUGGAGAGGUGGGCUGAGGGCGCAUCAACCAAGCAGCAGACACUGAAGACCCUGGGCGACAUGCCCGGACCGUCGGUCGCCAGUUUCGCCUGGGACUUGUUCGCCAAACGGGGCCUGUCGCGUCUGCACGAGUUACAGGUACUGAGGCAGGAGGGCCAGCACCCCAUGCGCUCUGACCUUUCCUCCUGGAAGGACUACAGGAAGCUCAGAGGACAUCACUAUGGACUCCUGACAUCUGAGGGGGAAGAGUGGCAGUCGGUGAGAAGUCUCUUGGGGAAGCACAUGCUGCGACCAAAAGCAGUUGAAGCUUACGAUAAAACCCUGAACGGCGUGGUCGGCGACCUCGUUUCCAAACUUCGCCUUCGCAGACGCUCUCAGGGCCUUGUCAAUGACAUCGCCAGCGAGUUCUAUCGCUUUGGCCUCGAGGGCAUUUCCUCAGUGUUGUUUGAAUCCAGAAUCGGUUGCCUGGAUGAGGUUGUCCCAGAAGAGACCGAACGUUUCAUCCAGUCGAUCAACACCAUGUUUGUAAUGACGCUCCUUACCAUGGCCAUGCCAAAAUGGUUGCACCAGCUGUUUCCUAAACCCUGGAACAUCUUCUGUCAGUGCUGGGACUACAUGUUUGACUUCGCGAAAGGCCACAUUGAUCAGCGUCUGACGGCCGAGGCAGAAAAGGUUGCCUGUGGAGAGAAGGUGGAGGGCCGUUAUCUCACAUACUUCCUGUCACGGACCGGGCUGCCCAUGAAGACUGUCUACAGCAACGUCACAGAGCUGCUUCUUGCAGGAGUCGACACAAUCUCCAGCACCAUGUCCUGGUCGUUGUACGAGCUGUCCCGCCACCCCAAGGUGCAGGCAUUGCUCCGGGAUGAGGUGUUGAGAGUGCUGGAGGGUCGAAGCGUACCGGAGGCCGCUGAUGUGGCCCGCAUGCCUCUCCUGAAGGCCACAGUCAAAGAAGUACUUCGGUUGUACCCCGUUAUUCCUGCCAAUGCAAGAGUGAUUACAGAGAGAGACAUCCAGGUUGGAGGGUACCUCAUCCCUAAAAAUACCUUAAUUACCCUGUGCCACUUUGCAACGUCACGGGAUCCAGCGGUGUUUGCAAAUCCAGAUGAAUUCCAGCCCCAUCGAUGGUUGAACAAGGACCAGACUCACCACCCGUAUGCCUCUGUACCCUUUGGGGUGGGAAAACGCAGCUGCAUAGGUCGUCGGAUCGCCGAGCUGGAGCUCUACCUUGCUCUUUCAAGGAUCCUCGUAGAGUUUGAUGUUAAGCCGGACCCUGAAGGGAUUUCCGUGAAGCCCAUGACACGGACGCUUCUGGUUCCUGAAAAUGUCAUUAGCCUCCAGUUUAUUGAACGAUGACCCACUCUCCUGAGCUGAUUGGUUACAUGAACGAGUAUGUGAGUCUUUUCGCAGUAGAGAGCGCUAGCAGGUGGAGUUAUCACAGCCUCUUGCGUGCAGUUAGAGCGGACCCUAAACCUUUGACACGACAAAAGGCCAAAGCCCUCUGUAUCUGUAACGUAGUGUGUGGAGGCCGACGUGUGGAGAAGGACAAAUAAAUGAAGGAUGAGCAGUGACAGCUCAUCACUGAGGCUUUCCACUGGGAGCUGUGUUACUCCAAAUUAAAUACUGUGGGGGCAUAAAAUCAUAAAAUCACUAUUAAGCACUUAUUUGCACAGAGGCUAAGAGGAAGCCAGAGAUCUCCUUCAGUACGUUUCAGUGGACAAUCUUCAGACUUUAUCCUUAAAGUGAAUCAAACCAUCUUGUAUUUCAGGGAAUUUGCAACAUAUUUGAAGCAAAUGUUUGACUUCCAAGUAACCCCUUCCUAAAUCUAAUUAUGACCUGUGAUCUUCUGCACUCUUAACUAUAUCCAGAAUUCCCUGUGUCCUGGUCGUGCAAACAUUCAUUUCAAGAGUGUUAUAUAAGUCUGAGAAUAGACAGGGUGCCAUAAAUUAUUCAAGAGGAGUCUCAGACUGGCACAUGGACACACUAUUUCUUCAGCUCUUAUUGAGCUACAGUGAGAGUUGUGUGUAGAUAUGAUGUUCAAUGUAUUGAUCAAGUGUAUUUUAUAAGGUGCUUAUGCAUGGUGAACUUUUAGUGAGGGGCUCCUUUUUAAAAAGAAUGGCAGCUGUUGAAAUUGAAACCCCAUAAAGGAAUGCAUGGUGCCUCUGUUUAAAUCCCAAACGUAGGCCACUCUGCACUCAGGCUUUGUCUGUAUGGUCUUUAGAAUGUAAAUGUAUACAUACCACAAUUCAACAGUGCCGCACAAUGCAACUGUACGUGUCUUUUAACUUCUUUUUAACCUAAUAUGAGUGAUAUACCACCAUUUUGCAAAUGUAAUAGGCUUCAGUGUCUGAACUCUGUAUUUAUUCUAAUUUAGCACAUUUAAAACUGUUACUGUAA